AAUUUAGAAGACGACGUCUGAAACUGUGUUUGAUGUAAAAAACUCUGUGGAGACCAGAACCAGAACCUGUUUGACGUCCAAUCAGCUCUGACCAGAUGGAGGCGACCGCUGCGGAAAAACGCCAUCGAACGCGAUCCAAAGGAGUGCGAGCUGCUGUGGAAGCUGUAACACAAGAGUUAUUCAGCUGUCCCACCCCAGGCUGUGAUGGCAGCGGUCACGUCAGUGGUAAAUACGCCAGACACCGCAGCGUGUACGGCUGCCCGCUCGCCAAGAAGAGGAAGGCUCUGGAAAAACAGCCUCUGGAGCCGGCUGCCAAGAGGAGGCCCUUUCUCACCUCCUGCCCGGGCGAUGAGGAAGACGAGGAGGAGGAGGAGGAGGAGGCUGCCGUCUACACUGCCUACAAGAACCAAGCCAUGGAGGGGGGAGACGUGGUGAAGGAGGAGGAGGAGGAGGAAGACGGGGAAGUGGAGGAUGAAUUCUCAGAGGACAACGAGGAGCAGGGAGAUGAGGAGGAGGAGGAGGGCGUGGGAGGUGGAGGUGGAGAGGGCGGAUGCCGCGAUAGGACGAGAGCGGGUGGAAGAGGAGGAGGAGGAGGAGGAAGACGAGGAGGAGGAGGACGGGAUGGACGAGGAGGACGUGGAUGA